CUAUUACACUUACAUAAUUGGUUAGCGUGUUGGGUAUAACCAAUGAGCAAACUAGUUUUUGGAUGUUAGAUAUUAAGAUAACGUCUUUAAUACUGUCUAGAGACUAUAAUGCCUAAUUUUACAAAUAAAAGAGAUUGCGCAAAAGAAAAGAUAUAGGUUAUCUCUAUAUGUUCUCGGAAAAUUGGUUAAAAUGGUAGGUAGACAAGGUAGCUAUUCUUGGUCAUACAAAAUAUGUCGAUUCGCUUAUCUUAAGUGGAACAUGCAAGGAUCUUAAUGUUUCAGAGAACGAUGACACGCAUAUCUAUCCACGUAGCUCACGUAACACAACUCCGUCUUUUGGCCCCCGGGUUACAUCCACUGAUCUAAAAAAAGAAAAAGAAAAAGAAAACGUCCAGCUGCGUAUUUAAAAAGUAGAGGUCCAUCUUUAGUUCUAUCUGCUUCUUCUUCGUCGCAAUGGAGAAACAAACUUACACCCAACUGCAGCCCGGAAAACCGUGGCUACCGGGGAUUUUUAAAAGACUACCUCAGCUUGGGGUAUUGGCCUUACUGACCGCCACUGUCUGCGCAUUCGGAUCACUCGCAACACUAGCUGCCUCCAAGGGUAAAGACAUCGAAUUGUGGCCAUCAAAAAAUCAUCCUCUACAACCUACCGUUAUCGUGGCCAUUUUAACCGCCGUCGCGAACGCCGCCAUCCGUUACGCCUUAGCCGAGAGCCUCACCUUAUUGUGGUGGAGAAAAGCUUUAAGCGGAGGAAGCUUGAAAGAACUGCACUUCUCUUGGGCAUAUGCCACUAGUUUUAAACAAUCUUUCUUCUCAGGAAGACAGUUCAACACGAUUGCCUUGGCCUGCAUCAUAACAACUCUGGUAUCGAUCGACGGACCUCUUCUUCAACGCUCCUCUUCUGUAACUACAGUUCCUAUUAUCCGGAAUGCCACAAUAAAUGCUUCAUUGUCACACGACCCGUUGCCAAACGGUUAUUCUGGCGGUUAUCGCAUUCGAAGCCGGGAUGUAACGUAUCUCAAGCUACCCUUCGCGCAAGUGACCAAGGCAUAUCAGUCUCGAAAUGACAUGCAAUUGGAAACAAGCGGCUGUAAUGGUGUUUGCGAUAUGAAUCUUCUUAGCACCGGGUUUGAUGUACAAUGUUCCGAAGGCUCUGCACCUUACAACCUAACACAAACGAUAAGUCACGGCACAGCAGACGCAACCACUGCGAAUAUUGGAGGGAUAUCUUUUGCUUUUGACGGCAUGGAAGCCAAUGCUAGCAUGUUCAACACUAGCGUGAGGUACAAAGAUGAUCCGGCUUGCGUUGGUAUGCUUCGGACAGUGGACUGCACCUUCCGUUUAGCCACUGUCUCAUAUCCAGUCACUAUUUCCAACAGCUCUGUUAGCCUCCGCCCCGCAGGAGAAAACGACACGGUCGAGGUGCACUAUCCAGGCACGGAGCUUCCCAGUAUAAGCACGUUCUUUUCAACGAUUGGAGGAUUCGUUCUCUACGGACGCCAGCAGUUCGAGAGCAACAUCACCAUGACACCGGCUCCACCUCAGUGGUCUAUUACCGGGAACGGAUCCAUGACAUACACUCAUUUGAGUAGCGCCGACUACAACAACUGCACAAUUACCUACUCGAAUCCAAUGCCAGACGUCCGCGACAUGAUUCGUGAACUGGCUUUCCGCGCAUCCAUCGGGCUUUCAAAUUCAUCCACCUUCCAAACUGUUCAAGCCACAGAGAGAAUCGAUCGAACAGUUUACACUGUCAAUUACUAUUACCUUGUUCCCGGUCUAUGUCUCAUGAUUGUUAACGUCAUCGCCAUUCUCCCCUUAUUCUUCGGAUGGUGGCACCUGGGCCGAAACUUUUCUAUGAGCCCCCUAGAAAUCGCCAAGGCUUUUCGGAGUCCGCUGAUAACUCAGGCUGGGACAAACGAAGACAUAAACGGUCUACUAAAAGCUAUCGGGAAUAAACGAGUCCGCUAUGGAGCCGCC